AUGGAGACAACGUUAAGGUUAUCCCUCUGCGAACACGAGAACAGAGACUGCACACUCUGCUACUCGGCCGGCAAGAUCCGAAUGGCAACCGCCGUGCCAGCGGCACGUGAAGGACCCGAUUCUAGCUGCAUCUUUUGGGGUCGAGCCUCGCCCUUCAUGGCGGCCGCCACCGGAACGUCGAACGAUCCCAAUCCCUCGACGCCAUACCGAGGCGUCAUGCUGCUACCGGACGGCCACUGGGGCGCGCAGAUCUACGCUCGCGGGCAUCGAGUCUGGCUCGGGAGAUUCGAGUCGGAGAUCGCGGCGGCCGGGGCUUUCGACAGCGCGGCCGUCAAGCUCCAUCAUGGCGACUACUCCCACCGCAAUCUCCCCGCCACCCGGCACGCCGCCCAUGAACGCAGGUUCCAGGAGACGUUCAGCAUCGAUGAUGUGCUCGACAUGAUUAGGGACGGAUCAUAUUGUUCACGAUUGGAGGAGUACACCAGGCUGCACGCAGCGCCAAUCCGUGACCUCCCUCAUGCUCGUACGACCGGCAACGUGACGUUCCUGGAGAUGUUCGUAAAGGAACUGACGCCCAGCGACGUCGGGAAGCUCAACAGAUUGGUCAUUCCGAAGAAGCACGCGACGCAGUAUUUCCCGCCGGUGGUUGCGGAGACGGCCGACGAGGUUCGGGUCGAGUUCGUGGACCGCGAGGACCGCCCAUGGACGUUCCGAUACUGCUACUGGAAGAGUAGCCAGAGCUAUGUCUUCACCAAGGGCUGGAAUAAGUUCGUGAAGGAGAAGAGGCUUCAGGCGAAGGACACGGUGGCCUUCUAUCGGUGCGAGGAGAGUGACGGACACCGGAGAACGUAUUGCAUGAUCGACAUCAUCCGGCACAACAGUGGCGGCGAUCGCAGCGGCGGUUCUAGUCGGAGCACGAGCGGGGUGAUCGGACUGGGGCUCGGUUUCAAGAGGAAGAAGAUGGAGAACGGAGACGAGGAAGACCAUUGUAGCUGUGGUUUUAGCAGGAGAAAAAGUCGGGUGAUGGGCGUUGGCCUGGAUCUCAGUUUAGAGAGAGUGACAGAGACCAAAGACGACGAAGGAGGUGUAGUGACAGGAUCAGCGGCGCCUCGGAAAUCGUCGGAGACGCAGGACAAGAAGAAGGGACUGAAACUGUUCGGUGUCUGGAUCGCUGAUGAGAAUGAUAGGAGAGGAUAG